CCUCUUCCCGUGGCGCGCUUGGAUGACUCACCGCCUGCGCCAUACUUCCACGAACUCUGUCCCUGGAAAUUUCUCACGGACCUAAGUCAUAUUCCACAACGGGCACCUCCAGCGAUGGCCUUGAUUCUUCACUUCUAUGUCCAUCCCUCUGGCCAUGAGAAGGCAGCUUCCGGACACACUCAGCGAAAGCUCCAAGGGCAGCUACCAGCGCUGCAGGGUGUCAAGACAGAGCUGUGCUACAACGUGAACUGGACAGCCAAGUCCCGUCCGAGUGCCGAGGAGAUGAAAAAGCUGACAUGGCUCUUUGGCUGUCCCUUGUUACCGGGGGACGUUGCUCUGGAAUCCUGGCUCCAUCCUGACUGUAAUGACCUGCUGCUGGAGGUUGGGCCCAGGCUGAACUUCUCCACCCCAGCAUCCACCAACGUCGUGUCAGUGUGCUGGGCCGCUGGGCUGGGGGCUGUGGAUCGUGUGGAGACCACCCGGCGCUACCUGCUUUCGUUUGCCCAACCCCCAUCAGCUGAGAUGAAGGCCAUCGCCCUGGCCACCCUCCAUGACCGGAUGACGGAACAGCACUUCCCCUGUCCCAUCCAGAGCUUCUCCCUUGGGAGCAUUUCCACGCCCCUCAACAGCUCUAUCAAUAUACUCGCUGAGGGCCGGUGUGCCCUCGAGAAGGCCAACCAGGAGCUGGGCCUGGCCCUAGACUCCUGGGACCUGGAUUUCUACACCAAACGCUUCCAGGAGCUCCAGCGGAACCCCAGCACCGUGGAGGCCUUCGACUUGGCUCAGUCCAAUAGUGAACACAGCCGACACUGGUUCUUCAAGGGGCUGCUCCACAUGGACGGGCAGAAGUUGGCACACUCUCUCUUUGAGUCCAUCAUGAGCACCCAGGCGUCCUCGAACCCCAACAACGUCCUCAAGUUCUGUGACAACAGCAGCGCAAUCCAGGGGAAAGAAGUCCAAUUCCUACGGCCCGAGGACCCCACACAGCCAAGCAGCUUCCAGCAGCAGCGGGCCCUGAGACACGUCGUCUUCACAGCGGAGACCCACAACUUCCCCACAGGAGUGGCCCCCUUCAGCGGUGCGACCACGGGCACUGGAGGCCGGAUCCGAGACAUCCAGUGCACAGGCCGUGGGGCCCACGUGGUGGCUGGCACCGCUGGCUAUUGCUUUGGAAACCUGCACAUCCCAGGUUAUAACCUGCCCUGGGAGGAUCCAAGCUUCCAGUAUCCUGAGAACUUUGCUAGGCCCCUGGAGAUCGCCAUUGAGGCCAGUAAUGGGGCUUCUGAUUACGGCAACAAGUUUGGGGAGCCAGUGCUGGCCGGCUUCGCCCGCUCCUUGGGCCUCCAGCUCCCCGAUGGCCAGCGGCGUGAGUGGAUCAAGCCCAUCAUGUUCAGCGGGGGCAUCGGGUCCAUGGAAGCUGAACACGUGAGCAAGGAACCCCCAGAGCCAGGCAUGGAUGUGGUGAAGAUUGGGGGGCCUGUCUACAGGAUCGGAGUUGGGGGUGGAGCCGCAUCGUCUGUGCAGGUGCAGGGCGACAAUGCCAGCGAGCUGGACUUCGGGGCCGUGCAGCGGGGGGACCCGGAGAUGGAACAGAAGAUGAACCGUGUGAUCCGGGCUUGUGUGGAGGCCUCCAGGGGGAACCCCAUCUGCAGCCUCCACGAUCAGGGCGCUGGCGGCAAUGGCAACGUCCUGAAGGAGCUCAGUGACCCCGCCGGGGCUGUCAUCUACACCAGCCGCUUCCAGCUCGGGGAUCCGACCCUGAACGCCCUGGAAAUCUGGGGGGCUGAGUACCAGGAGUCGAAUGCUCUUCUGCUGAGGCCCCUUGACCGGGACUUUCUCAGUCGUGUCAGCGCCCGGGAACGCUGUCCGGCUUGUUUUGUGGGCACCAUCACUGGGGACAGGAGGAUAGUGCUGGUGGAUGAUCGCGAGUGCCCCGUUGGAAGAAAUGGCCAUGAGGAUGGCUCCCCCUUGUCUCCCCCAACCCCUGUGGACCUGGAGCUGGACUGGGUGCUGGGCAAGAUGCCUAGGAAGGAGUUCUUCCUCCAGAGGAGUUUCCCUGUGCUGAAGCCCCUGGCCUUGCCCCCGGGUCUCCGUGUGCGCCAGGCUCUGGAGCGCGUUCUGAGGCUGCCUGCCGUGGCCAGCAAGCGCUACCUUACCAACAAGGUGGACCGCUCCGUGGGCGGCCUGGUGGCCCAGCAGCAGUGUGUGGGAGCCCUGCAGACCCCCCUGGCAGAUGUGGCUGUCGUGGCCCUGAGUCACCAGGAGCUUGUUGGGGCUGCCACCGCUCUAGGAGAGCAGCCUGUCAAGAGCCUGCUGGACCCCAAGGUGGCUGCCCGCCUGGCCGUGGCCGAAGCCCUCACCAACCUGGUGUUCGCGCUGGUCACCGACCUCCGGGACGUGAAAUGCAGCGGGAACUGGAUGUGGGCUGCCAAGCUCCCAGGGGAGGGCGCGGCUCUGGCCGAUGCCUGCGAGGCUAUGGUGGCAGUGAUGGCGGCCUUGGGCGUGGCAGUGGAUGGUGGCAAGGACUCUCUCAGCAUGGCCGCCCGGGUUGGCUCUGAGACAGUGCGGGCUCCUGGAUCGCUGGUCAUCUCAGCCUACGCUGUCUGUCCAGACAUUACGGCCACUGUAACCCCAGACCUCAAGCAUCCUGGAGGGGGAGGCCGUCUGCUGUAUGUGCCUCUGAGCCCUGGGCAGCACCGGCUGGGGGGCACGGCUCUGGCCCAGUGCUUCUCACAGCUGGGCGAGCAGCCUCCCAACCUGGACGUCCCCGAGAACUUGGCGCAUGCCUUUAAUGUCACCCAGGGCCUGCUGAGAGACCGCCUCCUCUGCUCAGGCCAUGAUGUCAGUGACGGGGGUCUCAUCACCUGCCUGCUGGAGAUGGCCUUUGCUGGGAAUUGUGGGAUAGAGGUGGAUGUGCCUGCCCCCGGGGUUGACGUGCUGCCCGUGCUCUUCGCCGAGGAGCCAGGCCUGGUGCUGGAGGUGCAGGAGGCAGACCUGGGCCAGGUGCUGGAGCGCUACUGGGCUGCUGGACUCCGCUGCCUGGAACUGGGCCCCACAGGCGAUGCCGGGCCCCACGCCCUGGUGCGAGUGUCCGUGAAUGGGGCGGUGGUCCUGGAGGACACUGUUGGGCAGCUGCGCGCCGUGUGGGAAGAGACGAGUUUCCAGCUGGACCGGCUGCAGGCAGAGCCGCGCUGUGUGGCAGAGGAAGAGCAGGGGCUGCGGGAGCGCACAGGACCCAGUUACUGCCUGCCCCCAACCUUCCCCGAAGCGUCUGUGCCCCACGAGCCCGGUGGUCCCCUGCCCCGAGUCGCCAUCCUGCGAGAGGAGGGCAGUAACGGAGACCGUGAGAUGGCAGAUGCCUUCCACUUGGCUGGGUUUGAGGUGUGGGACGUGACCAUGCAGGACCUGUGCUCUGGGGCAAUCGGCUUGGACACUUUCCGUGGUGUGGCUUUUGUGGGCGGCUUCAGCUAUGCGGACGUCCUGGGCUCUGCCAAAGGGUGGGGGGCUGCUGUGACCUUCCACCCGCUGGCCGGGGCCGAGCUGAGGCGCUUCCGGAAGCGGCCCGACACCUUUAGCCUGGGCGUGUGUAACGGCUGUCAGCUGCUGGCUCUGCUGGGCUGGGUGGGAGGCAGCCCCAGCAAGGAGGCCCAGGAGGCCGAGGAGCCAGGCCCCGACUCCUGGCCCACCCCUCCUGGCCUCGUGCUGCGCCACAACCUGUCCGGCCGCUUCGAGUCUCGCUGGGCCAGCGUGCGUGUGGGGUCCGGGCCGGCCCUGAUGCUGCGAGGGAUGGAGGGCGCCGUGCUGCCCGUGUGGAGCGCUCAUGGGGAAGGUUACAUGGCAUUUUCUUCCCCGGAGCUCCAAGCCCAGAUCGAAGCCAUGGGCCUGGCGCCACUGCACUGGGCAGACGAUGCUGGGCAGCCCACGGAACAGUACCCCAUGAACCCCAAUGGGUCCCCAGGGGGCGUGGCUGGCGUCUGCUCCCUCGAUGGCCGCCACCUGGCUCUCAUGCCACACCCUGAGCGCGCUGUGAGGCCAUGGCAGUGGGCGUGGCGACCUCCCCCGUUUGACACCCUGACGGCCUCCCCCUGGCUCCAGCUCUUCAUCAACGCCCGAAACUGGACCCGGGAAGGGGGCUGCUGAGUGAGCCGGGGGUGGGGGGGCUCCCCUGGGCCUGACGGUUUGUGCCUGAGGGUCUCCUGUCCGCAGCCUCAAAAUCAGAAGUACCCCACCUUCCCUCCAAAUAUGUCUCGGGACAGACAAGGGCCAAAAUGCCCCCAAAACCUCCACUGGUUUCAUUAACCUGUCUGCUUUUGCCUUACGCGGUUGGAUCUGUUUGUGGUUCUGCUCGAACAGGGUUGUCCGGGGGCCUGGGAAGCAGCAUGUGGUGCUGAGGACAGAGCCCUGGGACGUGAGAAUAGUCCAUUGCCCACCCCCCACCACACGUACACGCUCUAUCUAGCAAUCGCUGCGUUGUGCCCCCAUCACUCUGGGCUCAGAGGGGUGUUUCAUGUGCCCCUUCCUCGUAGCAAGGGUUGAGGGGCUGGGGGUAUAUGACAGCAUGCAAGUCAGGACCCAUGUGUCCCCAUCAGAGAAAGAGCAGAAGCUUUCUGGAGUCCCCUUUUUAAAAUAUAGUACAAGUAGUUUGCCGACGUUUCUCUGAGCGGGUCUCCCGCUAUGUCCUCGGGCUACCCUGGUGCGGGCCUCGGAACUCAGUAUUUCUUCUCGAUGCAGCAGUUUCCUGAAAGAAAUGGUCAGCGCCUGCUUCCCUAGAAUUAAGCCUUUAGCCAGCCAGCCUACCUUCCUCCGUCUGUCCCUCCCUCUAUCCCAUUCUCUCCUUCACCUGUGUGUCCUUUCCAUUCAUUCCUUCUCUCCUCCGUCCAUCCAUCUGUCCAUUUCCUCCUUCCCUCCCUCCCUCCACUGCUUCCACUCAUUCAUUCCUUCCUUCAUCCCAUUAAUGUUGGAUGAUUAGUUACAGCGCCAGGCACUGCCGCUGGCCCCAGGGGUUUUACGACCUGAUAGAAUUUUAAGUAAGAACUGUGGGGGUGUCUGGCAGGUUCAGUCCAAAGAGCCUGUGACUUGAUUUCAGGACUGGGAGUUCGAGCCCCAUGAGAUUACAUAAGUGAAUAUACUUGAAAACAACAGCAUAGCUCUGUAUGGCAGCUGCCGUGAACCAGGCGUGCACUUCGCAUUUUGUAUGUGUCUAAAGUAUUUUUCACAAGAAUUCAACAAGGUACUUGAUAGGUGUCUCCCCCCACCCUUUUUUUUUUUUUUUUUUUUUAAACAAAGGAGCCAUUAAGGUGAAAGGUUACAUAAAUUGCCUAGGGCCACACAGCGUGUCAGGGCAGCACCCCAGGCCCGCUCUCUCCCUCCUGCUACUGCCUGCCAUCCUGCAGACCCAGAUGCUGGGGCCCUACUGUCCAGUCUCGCUGACAGCCGCCCAUGACAGCCUGUGUGUGGAACUUGUACGCAGAGUCCGUUUGUCCCCUAAAUACUUCAACAUUUUCAUUAAAGAUAUAUCCCCAAGAAUGAA